AUCAAAGCCUGUCUAUUUGAUAUGGAUGGUACUAUUCUCGACACAGAAGCACUCUAUACUGAAGCCACGACUGAAUUAUUAGCCAAGUUCGAUAAAGGUCCACUUACCUGGGAUGUUAAAAUCAAGCUACAGGGCAGACCAGGUGCCGAAGCCACUCAAAUUAUGUUGGAUACCUACGAUUUGCCCAUUACACCUCAAGAGUUCAGUGAACUAGCCAUCAAGAUCCAGGAAAACAAAUGGCACAGAGCCAGGUUUCUUCCUGGGGCUUUGGAGUUGUUAGAUUACUUAUAUACCAACAAUAUUCCUAUAGCCCUUGGAACGAGUUCCCACAUCUUGAACUAUCAAAGGAAGACUGGCCAUCUCAAGGACAAGUUCGAGUACUUCCGUAACCACGUAGUCACUGGAGACGAUAUCCGUAUACCUCCUGGAAGAGGAAAGCCACAUCCAGACAUCUGGUUGGUGUGUCUUGAAUCGUUGAAUAAGGAAAGAAGAGAAAACAAUCUCGAAGAGAUAUUGCCGGAAGAGUGUCUUAUAUUCGAAGAUGGAGUCCCUGGUGUAGUCUCGGGUAUUGCUGCCAAGGCUCAUGUUAUCUGGAUUCCGGAUAUCAAUGCAAGAAAGGUUCUUAACGGUGAAGAGCAUCAGAUCAUUGGUGACAAUGGUGAAAUACUCGAUUCACUUGAAUCUUUCGAUAAGGAAAAGUACUUUUUGUGA